UAUCCAUUCAUCAUGUCAUCGUCGCGAGACUUUCACCGGAAGCGCAAGAGCUGGGCACGGCGGGUCGAACGGUGUUGCUGCGGAGCGCUAUCCUACUUCCCUCUCUGCUUUGUCUAUGGCCUGUUGUCGUGGGCCGCCUGGGUCCAGAUAAGCAUCGGCUUCUGGCCCAACCAAGGCAAAUGGACAGGCAAGACAUCGUCCUUUGUCGGUCUCGUUCUCUACUCGCUUGCCGUCUCGUGUUAUACAAUCGCUGUCUUCAAGGAUCCUGGUUCUCCUACAAACUCGCCAGCCACCGGCGGAUACGCCUCCCUCCCUACCCAUGAAUCUGCCACGCCUACACCACUCACGGCCAAGUCGUCGGGCAAACCACGAUACUGCAAGAAGUGCAACUCGAUCAAACCCGACCGCACCCACCACUGUAGCUCCUGCAACCGCUGUGUCCUCAAGAUGGACCACCACUGCCCCUGGCUAGCCACCUGCGUCGGCAUGUAUAACUACAAGGCCUUCCUGCUCUUCCUAUCCUACACAUCCCUCUUCUGCUGGCUCGCCUUCGCGACCGCUACCGAGUUCGUCUGGCGUGACAUAUUCGACGAGACCAAGAUCGAGGAAGGACUAAGAAUUGUCAAUGUCAUCCUGCUCGCUGUUCUGGGAGGAAUCAUCGGCCUCGUCCUGACGGGCUUCACCUCCUGGCACAUCUACCUGGCUACCACCGGCAAGACAACCAUCGAGAGUCUAGAAAAGACUCGCUACUUCAGCCCCUUGAAAAAGAGCAUGGAACGUCAAAUACACAAUCACGAGAGACACUACAUGCACGAUGAUCCCUCCGACGAGCCUACGCUGGGCGAACAGCUCAAGGAGAUUCAUGCAAAUGCUGUGCCUGGUGUUACCAGGCCAGAGGAAGGCGAAGAGUCGAGAAACCCGACCCCUUUGCCUACCCAAAACUCGUCGUUCGAGUCUCCUGCUUCGGACAGUCUACGUCGUAAUUACGCAAGUCUGGAAGCAGACCGUGAGCGAGAGCGCUAUGCCGAGUAUCUAGACGAGCAAGACAGCGAUAAGCUGCCGCAUGCCUUCGACCUCGGUUGGCGACGGAACCUGCUGGACCUUUUCGGCCACAACCCAUAUCUGUGGUUCUUCCCCGUCUGUAACACCGAGGGGGAUGGUUGGAGAUGGGAGGUUAGUGCUCAUUGGAUAGCCCGUCGUGAUGAAGUAGCCCAAGACCGUCAACUGCGAGAAGAGUCUGAACGCCGCUCGUGGCGGGACUACCAGGCUCAACGUGCGCAGUGGGGUGCUGGCGUAUAUGGUGCAGGAAGGUACUUUGGAGGCCCUGCUCCAGUGCAACAGCAGCAAGAACAUCCACCACAGCCACAUGUCCAACCCACUUGGUCAGGCGAGCAGGAAGACGAUGACGAAGGCAGAUAUCUGACUACCACUAACGGUGUUACUCGUGUACCUCUUGCCGGUCGCCGUUCCCCCUCAAAAGCAGCACAGAUCUUGGGUCAAUAUCAGACAGGGAACGGUCCACCUGCAGCUUUUACACGCCGCAAGACGGACCCUGACGAUAUUGAUGAUUAUGAUACCAGUAGUGAUGAAGAGAGCUCAAGACCACCCAGUCGACCUCUUCCACAAACGCGUGAUUGGAAUGAUAUUCCGGAUGACUUUUUGACGUCCGCUACCGCGAAGCCGAAAAGAGACAGGAGCGGCAACAGGACAAAGGGCGAUUGA